UGUUUAUGUCCCGCCUUUAAAUUGUCCACUAUAGUCUUUUUUACGAAAGAGGAGCCGCAGGGUGACAGCGAGGGUCCUCUUCUCCACAACAUAUGGACUCUUUUAUGUUUCUGUAUUUUAUUUGAUCAUUCUGUUUACUUGCACCAUUUAGAAAUAUGGCUUCCUUUUUGUCGCUCGUCCCUGCUUUCACGUUAUCGGUUGUCAUAUUUUCUGGCGCGGUAGUCGCACGGGGUGAUGUGCUCGAGCUAGGGGACGCGGAUUUCGAUUACCUUGCAGCGGAGCACGACACGAUGUUAGUGAAAUUCUACGCUCCAUGGUGUGGACAUUGUAAGAAACUAGCCCCAGAUUUUGAGACCGCAGCCACUCGACUGAAAGGGACAGUGCCACUUGCUAAGGUGGACUGCACAGCGAGCCCAGACACAUGCGGGCGUUUCGGGGUCACAGGGUACCCCACGCUCAAGAUCUUCAGAAACGGAGAAGACUCCUCGUCCUAUGACGGACCACGCUCAGCAGAUGGCAUUGUCCACUACAUGAAGAAGCAGGCUGGACCCAACUCUGUUACCCUGCGCAGAGAGGCAGACCUCGAGGCCUUUGUCAACAACUUUGACGCCAGUGUAGUGGGUUUCUUCUCUGGGCCUGACAGUGCUCAGCUGGCAGAGUUUCUGAAGGCGGCCGGUGUCAUGAGGGAGCACUUCCGCUUCGCCCACACCAUCGACAUGGCCCUGGGCCUCAAACACGGGGUGGACACUGAGAGUGUUCUGCUGUUCAGGCCCCCAAGGCUGAGCAGUAAGUUUGAGGAGAGCGUGCUGCGCUUCACUGAGACAGUCACCACCCACACACUGCGCCGCUUCAUCAGAGACAACAUUUUCGGAAUGUGCCCCCAUCUGACCAAUGAGAACAGAGAUAAGCUGAAGGGGCAGGACUUGUUGACUGCGUACUAUGAUUUGGACUACCUGCGGAAUCCCAAAGGCUCCAACUAUUGGAGGAACAGGGUGAUGAAGGUGGGUUAUCAGUUUGCAUCCCAGGGCCUGAGUUUUGCCGUGGCUAAUCGCGGGGACUUUGUGGACGAGCUGGAGGAGGAGUUUGGUCUGGGUGCGUCGGACGGAGGAGAUCUGCCCUUCGUAACCAUCAGAACACGACAGGGCUUCAAGUACACCAUGAGGGAGGAGUUCACGCGAGAUGGGAAGUCCCUGGAAAGAUUCCUUGAGGAUUACUUUGCUGGACGACUAAAACGUUACAUCAAGUCGGAGCCCAUACCUGAGAAAAACAAGGGUCCCGUCAAGGUAGUGGUGGCAGAGUCAUUUGAAGAGAUUGUGAAUGACCCUGAGAAGGAUGUGCUGAUUGAGUUCUAUGCCCCCUGGUGUGGUCACUGUAAGAGCCUGGAGCCCAAGUACAAGGAGUUGGCAGAACAGCUCUACUCUGACCCUAAUAUUGUCAUUGCCAAGAUGGAUGCCACAGCCAAUGAUGUUCCACAAGGCUUUGAUGUGCAAGGGUUUCCCACCAUCUACUUUGCUCGGGCAGACAAGAAGGACCAGCCCAAACGAUAUGAGGGACCCCGUGAAGUGAAGGACUUCAUCAAGUACUUGAAGAGAGAAGCCUCGCACAUCCCCGUUGUCAGUGGCGUGAGAGAAGACCUGUGAACAGAAGUUAGGCGAUGGCAGGGGUGUAUGAUGGGAAAUGUAGCCUGAGACCCCUGGAAUUGCGGUUGUGGAUACUCUGUUCUUGAAGAGUCACAACUUCUGAUGAGAUUAUUUAUUUCUGAUGAAAUAACACUCCAAAAACUCUACCUACAAAGUUUAUUUCCUUGAAACAACAGAUUUGAAAGAAAUCCAAGUUUCACGAUUGACUCUCCAGGAACAGAGCCCCAUGUAAUUGGUCAGGAGGAGGAGUAGGAUUUCUAUAGAACGUUGUUUCCCAAAUUUGGUCCUGGGGAUCCCAAGGGGUGCAUGUUUUGGUUUUUGCCCUAGCACUACACAGUUGAUUCAAAUAAUGAACUCAUCAUCAAGCUUUGA